CUGGUUUUCACAGCAAAAUCGACCUCUGGUUUCUGCAAUCAUGAUCAAGCAAUUGAGUUUUACCAUCGCUACAGUUUUGCUGCUCGGUUACAUAGAACCAAGUCAUCAGGAUCCAGUUACACAGACAGCUGCUAAUGCUACUGCACAACGAUUAUGCUGGACCAACUGGUACAACGAAGACCACCCCAGGUUUACAGGUGAUGCUGAGACUUUGGAGAAGCUGAGGGAAGAAUUCCCAGGAGAAAUCUGUAGCAAACCUCAAGAAAUUCAGGCUGUUCGAGCUGACAACGAUUUCCCGGCAGAAAAGACAGGCCAGAAAUUCUAUGCCUACAACACUGAAAUUGGCUUCAUUUGCCGCAAUAAGGACCAGCAUUUUCGACACAUCUGCUUUGACUACAAAGUUCGCUUCAAAUGCCCGUGUUCUUC